CCAACAAGGGACCAAGAAGGAGGCGAAGAAGAAAAAACCGAGGAAGUUGAAGACGAAGAAGAGCAAAAUGGAGAUGGAGAAGGACGAGCUGAGGAGUGGGCUUCUUCCGGUCCUCCAUCCAAAUUCCAUCUCUAUCAGAGAUCUGUCCAGUCGCCAAAGGGGGACAUAAGCUACAUGCAGAAGUUCUUCCUCAUGUACGUCGGCGGAAGAUUUCCGCUCCACUUGCAAGAGGAUUUCUGCGGCACCGCCCUUCUCAGUUCUGAGUGGCUCCAUAGUGACCCAAGACGGACAGCAGUGGGUCUAGAUUUGGACCUUGAGGCACUUAACUGGUGCCUGGAGAACAAUUUAAAUAAGGUUGGGGCUGAUGGAUAUUCUAGGAUCUCCCUUUUCCAUGGUAAUGUUUUGCAGCCUCAUAAAGCCUGCCUGGUCAAACACAGAGCAGAAGAUCUCAUGAAAGGUCUAGUUGUAAGAGAUGAAGAUUAUUCCAUUCAAAUGUGCUCUAGCAGUUCAACCAUGGAAGAAGCUGUUCUGCCCAGCAGAGACAUCAUCUGUGCAUUCAAUUACAGCUGCUGUUGCCUCCACAAACGCACAGAUUUGGUCUUGUACUUUAAGCAUGCUUUCCAUGCAUUGUCUAAAAAGGGUGGUAUCUUUGUAAUGGACCUAUAUGGAGGUAGAUCUUCAGAGUGCAAGCUACGGCUGCAGAGGAGAUUCUCUGACUUUACAUAUGUCUGGGAACAAGCAGAGUUUGAUAUCAUAAACCGCAGGACAAGAAUCAGUCUUCACUUUCAUCUUGGAAAGAAGCAGAUGCUGCGGCAUGCAUUUGCAUACGACUGGCGCUUGUGGUCCUUGCCAGAAAUUAAGGACUGUUUGGAGGAGGCUGGAUUCCAAUAUGUACGUUUUUGGAUGCGACAGAUGCCAAACACUGAUGACCGUGAAAAUUUGGAGGAAUUUACUGUUGGUCGUGAUGUCAAGUACGAAGAAUUGUCAUCUUUUCAGCAGCAAGAUGCAUGGAACACAUAUAUUGUCGGUGUAAAAAACAAUUAGCAAACGUGUACAAUUUUACCCAUCUCUUUUUUUCUGAUGGAACAAUUUUACCCAUCUCCUUGUUGCAACAUUAGGACCCUAGCUUGACAUAAAAUUUUGCACUCAUCCUAUCUCAUUUGACUUUAAAUAGACUUCUGCUUGCCAUUUCUGUCA